UUAUUCUUAAUUAGUUAAUAGGCUAUGGAAAAAAAGAAAUCAUAGCUCUGUAGUAGGGACAGGAAUUUUAUAGCAGAAGAGGAUAUGGAGAAGAAAACUCUGAUUUGUUGCUAAAUGUACUUAGAGUUGAGAUGCUUUAGGGGGUUUUGGAUGCAUGUUAAGUGUUGAAAAUGUGUGUGAUGCCUCAGUCCCCCUGUGACACACUGCCAUCAGUCUGUCCCGUUGUCUCGUGUGGCACGUGUGCUGCUGCUCUGUGUGCUGCACAGACCCCCUGUGCUGAGCCAGGGGCUCACAGCCCUGCAGCUCUGCUGAAGCUUCUGCAGGAACAGCUGGGUUGGAAACAGGUAUCUCUUGGUGGGAGAGUUUUUUGUGAGCAACACAUGAAUUUUAGUCAGUUGCAUUCCAAGUGGGCCCCUGUGGAGUUCAUCAGAAGUGAGGAAGCUUAGCCAGAGAGGCCCAGGUGAGGCUGUGCUGGGUGUGGGUGGAUAUUACUGUUGCUUUAGCAGGAAAUGUGAGCCCUACAAAAGCAAAGGGCUUUAAAAAUGGUUACCUUUAAGUGUUUUGAGCUGCAAUUAAAUGAGAGGGAAAGCCCAAGGAGCAUGUUACAGUAGAAGUUUGUAGUUUUAUUGUAACUGCCUAUCUUUGAAAAAAAUGGGAGGAAUGUUGAUGGUUGCUCUUGCUGCUCCCCUGCUGCUGUCUCACCCUCUUGUGUUACUGGGGUAUGAGAACAUGAGGCAUUUGGAAUGCAGACCAGGCAGCAAAAUAUAGGGGCUGAUUUCAGCCUUUGUAUGGUAAUAGCUGUCUUGGGAGAGAAUUCAUCUCCAUUUUGCAAUGUCUUUGUUUACUGGGAUGGAGAAAUUUCUGACUGACAUUGAUGACAAUUUUCCUCAUUACUUUUUUCACCAGAAAUGUUGUAGCAUAAGUUUUGUCCACCUUUUGGACAGGAAGCAAAGGGCUUGCCAGUCACCCCAGUCCCUGUCUCUCAGCAUUAGCAAACCAGCUGCUGGGCUCUCAGAGGAUAGAGCUAGGGAUUGUGUACAGCAUGGAGUGCUCCUCUAGCAUGGCCAGGACUGUCCCAACUGAAGGCUGAGGGAGACCUGGACAACACCCUGCAGGUAAAGGGGAGUUGGUGAGUUACCAAGGAGUUAUUUGGGAGUGGGCUGGAAUUGCCAAACAAACAUGUCAGCAGGUGAGUGGAAAGCUGUAUUGCCUGUUAACAUUUCUGGUAUAUUUGUGUGGAAAUGCUUCUUGGCAUAUCUCAGGUAAGAACUGAUCCCAUUCCCUGGAGAGCAGGCACCUUCCCUGCUGUUUGUGGGCAGUGGUGGUGGGGCCAGGGCUGCCCCAGGUGCAGUCCUGAAGGAUGUCCCUGCUCCUGUGUUUUCCUUGCUGGUGCUCAGCCCCUGUCCCUGAGUUACUCCCAGCGUGAAAUCACCUCCCAUACAGAGUCUGGCAGGUCUGCACCUGUCCUCAGGCAACCACUGACCUGAGCAAGAGAGGGACAAUGUUUGCUGGAGUCUGGGAAGGGAAAGGGCCACGUUCCCCACUGUAAUUCCCUCUCCCUGAUCUGCCAUUCAUGCAGGAACAGAAGUCCUUUGGGGCUCAGCUCUUAGUGCUGCCAUUUCAGGACCUUGUUCUGAUGUCCAGUGUGGAACCUGGGGACUUUCUGUAAGCAGUACAGUACACUUUCUCCAUCUGCCCUUCAAGGAGGCUAUAGCAGGUGCUUUCUGGUGCUUCUCAGCCUUCUUGGGUGUUGGGAAAGUUGAUGUCUGUACAAAGUUUCCUCUCUUUGUGCCCAGAGGUUGUGAUUCCAGCCUUUGGCCGCUUUUUAAGCUCAUCAGAAACUGAAUUAUUUCAUGCUUUCAAAAUCCAAGAUGAUACUUCUGUGAUGGACAGAUGGGAAAUAAACCCCAGGGAGUCCAAGUCCCAAGAUUAACCCUGAAAAGGUAAGACCAGCCCUAUUUCCAUCAAGGUAAGAGAUUGUGGGUAUAACAGAAAGAGCCACAGAUAUUUGGAGUUAAUUUAUUACUUGUUGAUUGCCCUGUGAUUUCUCCUUAGGUGAUGAAUGUUACAUCCCAUCCAUCUUCCCACAUUCCCCAGAGUGGCAGGUUCCAGCUCAGUGCCUGAGCCUGGCUCUGGCAGACCUGCAUGACUCCAAGGGCUUUGAGGUAGAUGCUGAUGCACAUUGUGUGCUUUGCUGAAUAAGGCACCCCCAUGGUUUUCCAGAUGUCCCUCUUUUCCCUCCACAUCAUGCUUAUUCUGCUGGAGAGAACAAUCAGCUUCUGCUCCUUCAGGUUUUGCACCAUCACUCUGACUUUGCUAAUUUACAAGUUUAGCCUUUUCCGAAUAGCUUAUGUGCUGGAAGGGUUUUUUGGGGUGUCACUAAACUCAUGCCUUUUGUUUGGUAUAGUCUGUGGUGUCACCAUGCACUCCCUUUACAACAGGGAGUAGUGCACAAGGUGCAGCAGAGCCAGGGAUGUUCAUCUGAGCUGAAUCCAUUCUGAGUAAAAACUGACAAAUCUUCUCUAUGUCAGUGGAGCUCUGCUCUUUAUACACAAAGCAAGCACAAAUUAAGUUUAGGAUAAUUCCAUCUGCUUUUUCCUACUUUGGGACUAAUCCCUGGCACUAAAGAUCCUCCAGGUAGAUGAGAUGCAUCCCAAGGGUGACUCAUUGGUUUGAGUCAAAUACAGUUGAAGCUUGUGUUGCUGGAGGAGAUUAGAGGGAAAAGUGAAAAGGUGUUUGCUGUGAGAGCAUGCAACAAUCUUGUUCUGGUGUGGGUGCAGCAGAGGCGGGCAGUCUCCAGGUCUGUGUUCUACAGUGUGUGUGGCUCUGAAACAUCCACACAUGCUGCAAUUCCAGCACAGCAGCUCCUAAAGCUGCACCUCCUCCAAGGUCCCAGGGCUGAGUGAGAUGGUCUGGUUUUACAGGGGAGUUGCAGGGAAAUCCAGAAAUACUUACUGUAAAGUUCUGCUCUAUGUUACCUGCCCAGUAGGGAAAAAAUUAGUUAGAAGUUCUGCCCAGGGUUAACCUGGUAAGAACUACACUGAGCUAAGGGAAGACAGUCAGCUCCUGUGGGAAUUGGCACUGCUGAAAUGUGCCUCGAUGGCCUCUUAAACACUAAGAAAGCUGGUGCCAGUGGGUCCUGUCUUCUCAGCUGGCCCUGCAAGGUUUUUCUAGUCCAGACAACAAAAUGAAUCCUUUUAAAUAUUUUCACCAUUACCCCAGAAUAUGCUGGCCAUAGUCAGGGUACUUGCCUAUGGGUUACAUUCCUACUCCUCUGCCUUUUCUUGGAUUUCCCUGCUGAAUGCAGAUUUUGCAUGUCAAUCUGAUUUUUCAUUAUGUUUUCCAGACCCCCUGGCUGGAGUAGACCUGCUAAAUGAGGUGACUUCUCUGUUCACCACCAUUUCCUACUACUACUGCAUUUGUCUAAGACAUUGCUUGGACCUUGUUCCUUGCAGGAGCUGAAGGAAUUGUGUUCAGAAAAAGUUAAUUCAAUGCACUUCUUUUGGUUUUGUUACUCUCCUAACCCUUGUCACCCCAGCCUAUCAAAGAAGCAAAAUGUUUUCCUUCCAGCCUGGAAGAAGUGAGAGGGUAUUGUUAAUUCCAGUUCUGUGUCCCUGGCGUGGGACAGCACUCAAAUACUGCCUCUGUUCAUGUCCCUGUGCCAGCAUUUUUGUCCUCUUUCUCUCUGGGUUUGAAGUUGGAAAGAUAGAAAUGGUGUCUGGAAGAGAUGGGAGAUGACCUGUGUGUUCCCACUGGGAAAGGUUACUGGCAGCUGGCUGAAUCACCAUAUCUCUUCUUUUCACAGGCUUCCUUUGCUGUGGUGCUGAGAAGUUGAGUCUGCUCUGCACGGUGGGUUUGCAGUGCUGAGCCCCUGCAUCAUUUGUGUGUCCUGUGUCACUCAGGGUGGGUUCUCUCUUCCACAGGGAUGGAAACAGGUCAAUUAAAACUUCAUUGAAGCCUUUUGGAAUGUAACACUUAGGCAGUCUUUAAAAGAAGCUGUGUAAUGCACUGCACCAUGCUCUGCUUUACUCGAUUUUGGGUUCAUUUGAUGCAUUUAAUACCCAGAACAAACUGGGGGAUCGGCUGGAAGUGAGGGGAAGCCGUGCAGAAACAACUUGGCAGCUGUUCCGUGUGAGUGGAGGGGCUGGGGGGAGGCUCGGAGCGCCCUCCCUGCCGCAGCUCCCAGCGCCGCCGCUGCCCCGGUAUUGUUGCUGCAGCUGGUGUUGUGAAUCAGGCCGACGGCAAGCGCUUCCUACAAUCCGGCUAUUUCACCACACCAGGGUUGCAUCAUACCACUCGCUUCGCUCCUCGCCCGCCUCCGGAGCCCUCCUGUGCCUUCCGGAGCAUCUCUGGCUGUGCUGUGUUUAACAGACUCCUCACUAAUAGACUGAUUUCUGCUGCUUUUGGCAAAUCAGUGGUUUUGAUGAAACGGUGAGGUUCUAAAAUAAAGCCGCUUCUGCUGGGUGUGAGUCUGCUGGUGCAUCUGUUGUGAGAGGAGGCUGGUGUCCACUUUGUGGAGGUUUUUGUGUGAGGUGCUCUGGGGUGAGACUCUCCCCUCAUCCCCACCUGGCCCUUGUCCCUGCUCUCCGGGCUCUGAGGUGCCCUGCAGUGCUGCGAGGGCUGAGCAGGGAUGCACACCGGGCUGCUGCCCUCAGCUUCCCCCGGCUGCGCGGGGCUUGGCUGAUCACAGCCGUCUGCCCUCACACAAACAAGGGGGCUGGAGCAAGUCCUCAAAAAUCAGGUCAAAAUUUGUGUGUGAAUGCAAAGACAGCCAGAGGCAGCACGGCAGGCAGGCCCAAUUUUCCAUUAACUUGCAAAGCCACACGGAGCUGAAAUUCCAAUGGGCUGCCCUCGAACUUUAUUGCUGGCCUUGUUUGCUGUCUUUGCUGAUCUUAUCUGUAACUGCUUUGGUGGCACAUGUGACAGGGGCUGGGGAGUGAAACAAGCACCCAUCCGUCCCCCUGUCCUCAGCUCCUGUCGCUGUGGGGUUAUGGCCACACAGCUUCAUCUCGUGUUUUGUGUGAUGGGAGCAAGGGUUUAAGUGGCUUGUUGACUCAGGGAUGGAACUGGGGGCAGUUCUGAGCCCUGGGGGCUCAGUGAUACCCUAUCCCAGGAUCUGGAGGGGAAAGGGGCUGUGGGACCAUGGGGAUCUCUGCUGCCUGGUACUGAGAGCUGCCAGCUCCCAGCCCUGGACAAGCACAGACGCUGUCUUCUCCAGCAGCCUGGAAUCUGAGUUCCAGCGGGAGCAUCCCUCAGAUCCCUUGAUGUCACACUCCCCCCUUCCCCCUGGUUUCACUGUGAGAUAAAGGCUGUUCCCCUGCCCACAUCCGGCCCAGCUCAGUGCCACAGGCAGCACCUUGGAGACCAGUCAGGAUGAUUUACGAGAUCUGACGGGUCUGGGGCAGUAUCCCAGGGAAGGGCGAGGGUGCGUGGGAGUCUUGCUCCCUUUUUCCAUAAUAAAUCCCUGUGAACUGAAUGUUCCUGGGUUGGGGCCGGAGGCAAACUCAGCGCUGCAUUUCUCUGCUGAUCUGUCCUUGGGACUUAAUCUCAAAUCCGUUAUCGCUGCCCCCAUCGAGUGCUGGGAGGCAGUGAUGCCCAUUAUGGUGGUUUUGGUAUCCCUUCCAGCUAUUUUUUUCCCCCUGACCAGCUUGAGGUGGUUCAGGCUGAUUCCUUUCCUCUAUUAGCAUCAGUGGUGGGUGUGUGCCGGUCACCUCGCUCCGGUUUUGCGGGGUAUAAAGCCGGCAAGCCCCUCUCCACCCUGUCCCCACCUGGCAGGCUGCUGGGCAGGGGCAAUGGCCGAGCUGCCCAUCCCAGAUGUGCCCCCAGCCCGCUGCAGCGGCCGCUUCACCAUCAGCACCCUCCUGGGCAUGGAGGAGGGGGGCCGGGGUCCCUACACACCCACUGAGGGCUCCAGCUGCGACAGCGCCCAGCCCACCCAGCUGUCCAGCAGCACCCUCUGCACCAGGACCUUCGGCUACAACACGGUGGAUGUGGUGCCAGCCUACGAGCACUACGCCAACAGCAAGGGGGUGGGCGACCCCAGGAAGGGCAGGCCCUCACUGGCUGACCUGCACUCCAUCCUCAAGCCUGACCCGAGCCACCUUCGCACGCCGGUGUCGGACCUGCAGCACAGCAAUGGGCUGCCAGAGGCCGGGCUGGAGGCUGGCCUGGAGGAGGCGGAAGGGGAGCCAGGUAGAGACUCCGAGCCAGAACCUGUCCGCUUUGGCUGGGUGAAGGGCGUCAUGAUCCGCUGCAUGCUGAACAUUUGGGGAGUUAUCCUCUACUUGCGCUUGCCCUGGAUCACCGCCCAGGCAGGAAUCGCCCUGACGUGGCUCAUCAUCCUCAUGUCUGUGACAGUGACCACCAUAACCGGCUUGUCCAUCUCUGCCAUAUCCACCAAUGGCAAAGUGAAGUCAGGAGGCACCUACUUCCUCAUCUCACGGAGCCUGGGGCCGGAGCUGGGCGGCUCCAUCGGGCUGAUCUUUGCCUUUGCAAACGCCGUGGCCGUGGCCAUGCACACAGUGGGCUUUGCUGAAACUGUCCGGGACCUGCUGCAGGAGCACAAUUCCCUCAUCGUGGACCCCACCAAUGACAUCCGAAUCAUUGGGGUCAUCACUGUGACGGUGCUGCUGGGCAUUUCCCUGGCUGGCAUGGAAUGGGAAGCCAAGGCACAGAUACUGUUCUUCCUGGUCAUCCUGGUUUCCUUCAUUAACUACCUGGUGGGGACAGUGAUCCCAGCCACUGCUGAGAAGCAAGCAAAGGGCUUCUUCAGCUACCGAGCUGAUAUCUUUGCUCAGAACUUUGUGCCCAACUGGCGUGGACCUGAGGGCUCCUUCUUUGGCUUGUUUUCCAUCUUCUUCCCAUCCGCAACCGGCAUCUUGGCUGGGGCCAACAUUUCAGGUGACCUGAAGGAUCCUGCUGUGGCCAUCCCCAAGGGCACCUUGAUGGCCAUCUUCUGGACCACGAUGUCCUACCUGGUGCUUUCUGCUACCAUUGGUGCCUGUGUGGUGCGAGAUGCCUCAGGCAGCCUGAACGACAGCGUGGCCGUGGGUUCUCCAGGCUGUGAGGGGCUGGCCUGCAGCUUCGGCUGGAACUUCACUGCCUGUGCCCAACAGCAGAGCUGCCGAUAUGGGCUCAGCAACUACUACCAGAGCAUGAGCAUGGUGUCUGGAUUUGGCCCCCUCAUUACAGCAGGAAUCUUUGGUGCUACCCUCUCCUCAGCAUUGGCCUGCCUUGUCUCAGCCCCCAAAGUCUUCCAGUGUCUCUGCAAGGACCAGCUCUAUCCUCUCAUUGGCUUCUUUGGGAAGGGCUAUGGGAGGAACAGCGAGCCCAUCCGUGGCUACAUGCUCACCUAUGUCAUUGCUGUUGGCUUCAUCCUCAUCGCCGAGCUCAAUGCCAUCGCCCCCAUCAUCUCCAACUUCUUCCUCUGCUCCUACGCCCUCAUCAACUUCAGCUGCUUCCACGCCUCCAUCACCAACUCCCCAGGCUGGCGACCCUCCUUUCGGUAUUACAGCAAGUGGGCUGCACUCUUUGGAGCUGCUGUCUCAGUGGUGAUCAUGUUCCUGCUGACCUGGUGGGCAGCCCUCAUUGCCUUCGGCAUCGUCAUCUUCCUCCUGGGAUAUGUCCUCUACAAAAAGCCAGAUGUCAACUGGGGCUCCUCCAUGCAAGCCAGCUCCUACAACAUGGCCCUCAACUACUCAGUGGGGCUGAGCGAAGUGGAUGAGCACAUCAAGAACUACAGACCACAGUGCCUGGUGCUGACUGGCCCACCCAACUUCCGCCCAGCACUGGUGGAUUUUGUGGGGACCUUCACCAAGAACCUCAGCCUGAUGCUCUGUGGCAACGUGCUGAUUGGCCCGCGGAAGCAGAAGAUGCCGGAGUCCCGGCUGAUGGCAGAUGGCCACACUAAGUGGCUAAUGAAGAGGAAGAUCAAGGCCUUCUACACAGAUGUGGUGGCUGAGGAUUUGAGAAGUGGUGUCCAAAUGCUCAUCCAGGCUGCUGGCCUCGGGAAGAUGAGACCUAACAUCUUAGUGCUGGGCUACAAGAGGAACUGGCGGACGGCAUCUCCCGAGAGCCUGGAGGACUACGUGGGCAUCCUGCACGACGCGUUCGAUUUCAAGUACGGCGUGUGUGUAAUGCGGAUGAAGGAAGGGCUGAACGUUUCCCGAGUGCUGCAGGCACAUGUUAACCCCACGUUUGAGGCAGCAGAGCACCCCGAGAAUGGCACUGGCAGCAGAGCAGCCCCAGGCACAGCAGCAGACCCCACCACCUUGGCCAGUGAGCAGCAGGCAAGCACCAUCUUCCAGAGCAAGCAGGGCAAGAAGACCAUUGACAUUUACUGGCUCUUUGAUGAUGGAGGUCUCACACUGCUCAUCCCCUACCUGCUGGGGCGCAAGAAGCGCUGGGGAAAGUGCAAAAUCCGGGUGUUUGUCGGCGGGCAGAUCAACAGGAUGGACGAGGAGAGGAAGGCGAUCGUCUCUCUACUGAGCAAGUUCCGCCUCGGCUUCCAUGAGGUCCACAUCCUCCCUGACAUCAACCAGAAACCCCGGCCAGAGCACAUCAAGAGAUUUGAUGAACUCAUCGCUCCCUUCAGGCUGAACGAUGGCUUCAAAGACGAGGCCACAGUGAAUGAGAUGAGACAGGGCUGUCCCUGGAAGAUUUCUGAUGAGGAGGUCGAUAAAAACAGGGCCAAGUCGCUCCGACAAGUGAGGCUGAAUGAGAUUUUGCGGGAUUACUCACGGGAUGCAGCACUUAUAGCCAUCACUCCGCCCAUCGGCAGGAAGGGCCGCUGCCCCAGCUCCCUCUACAUGGCCUGGCUGGAGACCCUCUCUCAGGACCUGAGACCCCCCAUCAUCCUCACACGAGGAAACCAAGAGAAUGUCUUGACCUUUUACUGCCAAUAAAACCUCCUGCAUUCCUGAUGA